GUUUGAUCCCCGGUACCAAAAAAAAUAAAAAAUUAAAAAUUAAAAAUAAAGUAAUAAAUGAAAGAAACUGAAGGAGAGAUGCCAAGCUUCACCCUGCUCUUAGUUACCCAUUGGGCAUCUGCAAGCCCGGCUUUUAGGUUCCUGUUACAUUGGCACCUUGGGCCUAUUUACUUGCUGCUUUCCCAAAGACCAGUAAACCAGCAAACUGCUAACUUAUUCCUACUAACUGCCAUAUCCCUCUGGAAAAUAAAACUGGAUUGGUGUUUCUCAAGGUGUGAGCUCAGGAAGGCUUGUUAAAAUCUAGAUUUUUAGUCCCACCCCAAACUCACUGCCCAGAAAUGCCGUGGAAGCACCCAGGAGUGCUCCCUUUAGCAAGUUUCCAGAUGUUUUUCAACCUGCUAAAGUCAGAACCACCGCGUAAACCCGGGGCCAGACGGCCGAAUGGAGCCGGAGGACCCGAGGGACAGAGGGCGCCACUCUCCCGGCCCGCGCGUCUCGCUGCCGGAAGGGCGCUCUGUCUGCCGCUGCGCACGCUCGAUCCCCCCCCCUUCCGCGUCCGGUGUCCCUUAACAGCCAUGGCCGCCGCAUCCGCUGCCGCCGGUGCCGGGGAGCCCUUGUCCCCAGACGAGUUACUCCCGAAAGGCGACGCGGAGAAGACUGAGGAAGAGCUGGAAGAGGACGACGAUGACGAGCUAGACGAGACCCUGUCCGAAAGACUCUGGGGUCUGACGGAGAUGUUCCCCGAGAGGGUCCGGUCCGCGGCCGGAGCCACUUUCGAUCUCUCCCUCUUUGUGGCUCAAAAAAUGUACAGGUUUUCCAGGGCAGCGUUGUGGAUCGGGACCACUUCCUUUAUGAUCCUGGUUCUUCCUGUUGUUUUUGAGACUGAGAAGUUGCAAAUGGAACAACAGCAGCAGCUGCAGCAGCGGCAGAUACUUCUAGGGCCUAACACAGGGCUUUCAGGAGGAAUGCCAGGGCCUCUACCUUCGCUUCCUGGAAAGAUCUAGAUUGUUAACUGAUAACAUUUGAGCUGUCUUGGUGGAAGCAGGUCAAACUCAGUUGUGUUUGAACUGCUGUUUGUUUCUUGUUUUUUUAAACUUAGGCACAUUGACGUAAACCUGGUAGGGAGAAUUCUCCCUUUGUUGUUUUAUGGAGACUCCCAACCUGCAGCUGUGCCCUACACGCUGUCCUCACUGUCCUCUCCUCGCUGAUACUGGAGUGCAGCUACAUGGACGGUUACUUCAGCUCUGGCCACCCAACCCCUUUUAGUAAACUCCUCCAAAUUAUCCCAGAUGGGGUAAAAACUGAUGCCAGUGGGAGGGACAGACACCCAACCAUUAAUAACUGGUUUUGGGUUAUUUUUGUCUUUCCAAGAAUGGCGAUGUUGGGGAGGGAUGUGCACACGUUAUAAAACUGACACGGUACAUUACAGCUGUAUUAUAAAGCACCAGAAAUCCUUGUGUGUGUUGGAGAGGGAGGCUUGUUGCAGCUUCAGCCCCAAGAUGAGGAUGAUGAGGGCUGUUGGGGACAAAGCAGGGGCUCAUUUCCUCUGCACACUUUGGCUAUCAGGCCUGUGUAUAAGAAAGGUCAGUGCUCACUUUUUGUAUUUAAACAUUAAAAAUUAUUCCAACUCAAA